AUGAGGCCAGCCAAAGUCUCAGUAUCGUGGUUCCAAGUUCUGUCGAUCUUCUUGGUGAUCGCCAUUUGCCUGUUCAUCAGCACGGCCCGAGCCUCCCACAGCCAUCUCCACCACCGUCACCAUGAUCGUCGGCACAAUAAAUCUGAGUUGUCCCAGAAUCAGGGUGAUCAGGAUGUCCCAGACGAUCCCGAAACUAUGGUUAGAAAUGCGUUGGCAGUUCUAGCGCAUGUCAACAAGGAAAGAGUGGAAUACCCUAACUUCAACCUAUAUACCACUCGAGAGGAUGACGAAACAAAGCUGGCCUCUGCAACCGCUACCCCUUUGCCAUAUACCUCCGAGGCGGUUCGAAAGGCGCAGCUCCGAAGACGCGAUGACUCCACAGACGCUUCCAAACGCGGUAGCCAACCUUACUCUAUCCCACCUGAGCUGGCGAAAGCGGCAAAGACUGUCGCCGAAUCUACAGACAACAUACCGAAUGGCAAUCACAGUGACGUGGCGGCAAUGAUUCGUAAUAAGUACGGACGAGACAAACGGUACACAAAUACACCAAACCAGGCAAUUAUCCAUUCCAAUGGACUUUAUGAUUAUCAAUCAAACACAAAGCCGACGAAUAUAUCUAUAAGUACCCAGGAUGGCGCUAGAGACAAUACUCUUCAGCAGCGCGCACCUUCCCAAUAUUGGAUGCCACACAUGAAAAAGAAUGGCCUGAGCCCAUACGCGACAAGUGACUACAAGAUCUGGAGAAAUGUCCGCGACUACGGGGCAAAAGGUGACGGAGUAACUGACGAUACAGAAGCCAUCAACAGAGCAAUCUCAGACGGGGGCCGCUGUGGUGAGAACUGCGGCUCUAGUACACGAUUUCCAGCAGUCGUAUGGUUUCCAGGAGGCAAGUAUCUUGUCAGUUCCUCAAUCAUUCAGUACUAUAACACGCAGUUCAUUGGAGACCCAUUAAACGUGCCGACAAUUCUGGCUGCCUCGAGUUUCGUUGGACUAGGUGUUAUCACUUCGGACCCCUAUGUUGGCGAUAAUGCCCAGUGGUACCUCAAUCAAAACAAUUUCCUACGCAGCAUCAAGAACUUCAAGAUUGAUAUCCGACUCACAGACCCAUCCGCGUAUGUUUGUGGAAUUCACUGGCAGGUUGCACAGGGCACAUCCCUGGAGAACAUUGAAUUUUACAUGCUUUACAAUUCAGAUGUCCCUGAGAACACUCAGCAAGGAAUAUACAUGGAAAAUGGAUCUGGAGGUUUUCUGGCUGAUCUCACCUUUUUUACGACUAGCCAGCUCGUGUUCGUUAACUGUAAAACUGCAUUGCAAGUUCACUGGGACUGGGCCUGGACAAUGCAAGAUUAUGUUAUUGAGUCAUGUACAAGCGGUCUGACUAUUGUUGGUGGGGCCGGUGGCCCCUUGAGUACAGGGCAAGGCGUUGGGUCUCUGAUUCUUGCAGAUGCAAUUAUUGCCAAUACCCCAAAUGGCAUAGUGACAUCACUGCAUGCUGAGAACUCUACCUCCCUCCUCCUUCACAACGUCGGGUUCUUCAACGUCAAGACAGCAGUUAUUGACAACGUGAUGAACAAGGUCCUCCUUGCCGGAGGAGACGAAGUGCUUAAAGACUCGUGGGGCUUCGGCACUGUUACUGAUGCCUCUGGGGUUAGCACCUUUGUCAACGGCGCUGAUAUCCCUGUCAUGAGCAGAACGGCAAUAAUGACUGGAACUCAGGCCUAUGUCAAGCCUAACUGGUUUACUCGCCGCAGACCACAGUACGAAGACCUUGCGACUGAGGAUAUUGUCAAUGUGAAGCUGUUUGGCGUCAAGGGUGAUGGAGUCACCGACGAUACUGUGAUGCUCAACUGGGUUCUUUCAUAUGCGGCUAAUCUCUCCUCUGUGGUGUACUUCCCGUACGGUGUCUACGCAAUCAAAGAUACCCUCAAAGUUCCCGUUGGAUCCCGUAUUGUGGGACAAGCAUGGCCUCAAAUUAUGGCCAUGGGCCUGAAGUUUCAGGAUGUUGAUAGUCCCCAUGUUGCAGUGAAGGUUGGCGACCCUGGUGAUACGGGUGUCAUUGAAAUCCAGGAUAUGCUGUUUACUACUGCCGGUCCAACCGCUGGUGCAGUUGUGGUAGAAUGGAACGUUGCCCAAUCGACCAAAGGAUCGACAGCCAUGUGGGAUUCGCAUAUCCGUAUUGGCGGCGCCUACGGAUCCAGGCUUCGGAAGCAACAGUGCCCUAAAAAGACAGGAAGCGUCAACCCAAAUUGCAUAGGUGCUUCCCUCCUGUUACAUCUGACCCCAACCUCAACCCCCUACCUCGAAAAUAUCUGGGCAUGGGUCGCGGAUCAUGACUUGGAUCUAAAAUCGCAGGAUCAGAUUGACGUUUACUCGGCUCGCGGUAUCUUGAUUGAAAGCAAACAGGCCUGGCUGUAUGGGACGUCCUCUGAGCACAACGUUCUUUAUCAGUACCAGCUGUCUGGAGCUGAGAAUAUUCUCCUGGCCAUGAUCCAGACUGAAUCCCCAUACUACCAGCCAGUCCCUCUGGCUCCGCAGCCUUUUACUCCUGGGAGAUUCCCCAAUGAUCCUACUUUUGACGACUGCACGACCAACAAGCUGAAAUGCGCCAUGUCGUGGGCUGCUCGAAUUAUCGACUCGUCGAACAUUUAUAUGUUAGGCAGCGGAUUUUACAGCUUCUUCUCCGAUUACUCACAGACCUGCCUCGAGACCAACAACUGCCAGCGUAAAGGACUGGAAAUAGAACAAAGCACAAACAUCUGGAUUCACAAUCUCUGCACCAAAGCCAUUGUUGAGAUGGUCUCUCCCUUCAAUGGAGUCCCAACUUACGCCCGAGACAAUGUCAACGGCUUUCUUUCCUCUAUCCUCGCCUGGCUGGGAGGCGCCGAGGAAACUGCCGGGCGACGAGAGUUUGCUGGCUUUACCCUGUACAGCACUUCCAGCCUGGAUCAUCUCGAACUUCCGGACUCCUGUAAGACAGCCCUAAAAGAAAGGGUCAAGUGUCACCCCUAUGUUAAGCUUAUGACAAAAUCCGGCUAUCACCGCUCGCCGGGAAAUGCUACAUUGACGGACUCUGUUUGUGACCCAAGCUGUGGCAGAAGCCUUCAGCAAUGGCAUGACUCUGUAGCACGGAAUUGCGCCGGUUACAAAAUGAGUCGUGGUGCCUCUCCUACAAUGUUUGGUGCCUAUAUGUGGGCAGGUUUCAAUGAAACUUGCAGCAAGGAUGAGACAACUGGGGAGUACUGUAAUGAUAUUAUUUCCCGCUUUACUGUCGUCAACUCUGUUGAACAAAUGCCGCAAGACGAAAUCUGCUCCUACUGCUAUGUUGAACGCCAUAAAAUGAUGCAGAGUACUCCUUAUUCAGCCUACGAUGAUUUCUACAAGUUUCGCCUUGAAACGAUCAAUAAGCGAUGCGGCCUAUCGGCGCCGACGGAGAUAAAGGAGAUUCCAUUAGAUCCGCUACCGGUCGAAGAGUCCCCGUGCUUUUCAGAAAAAACAUACAUUACAUCCGAUGGGGACACAUGCACUUCAAUUGCACAGGCCAACAAUAUAUCAUCAGCAGCACUAUACAUGGGCAAUCAGAGAGUUAUCCGGUGGUGUUCUUCCAUCAAGACAGGCUUGGAACUCUGCCUACCACUUUCAUGCCAGAGAAUCUACGACCUUCAACAGGAUGACAGCUGCAGUAGCAUAGAGUUCGCCUUCGAGCUUGAACGCGGCGACGUACGCAAGUUCAACCCCUGGGUUACCCCCGAAUGCGAUAACCUCGAAGUCGGCCGUGAAAUCUACGGAACCACCAUCUGUCUCUCACCCCAGGGAGGCGAACAUGUAGCUGAUAAGCAAGGAACCGGUACCACACCCUCUACUUCAGAUGGCCACCAAUGGCUUAUGAUACCACCUCCGGAUAAUGCAACCGUGGCCGAGAACACUACUAUGAAUUGUGGAAGGUGGCACGAGGCUGUGGAGGGCGAGAGCUGUGUUGCUAUUUGUCUUCAGAACAUGAUUACCCAUGCCUUGUUCGUUGAAGUUAAUCCGUCUCUGGACUCCGUGGGUUGCACCGCUAGUUUGCAAGUUGGGAAGAUUUAUUGUACUGGUCCUACUUAUGACUGGAAUACGGCUGUCGAGUCGAACCCCAACGAGGUCUCCUAA